CAGAGACAACGCAGCUAGAGCCCGGAGGCUGGAGCCAUGGUGAUGAGCAAGGUCAACAAAGUCCUGGCGUGGGUGGCGCUUCUGGCGCUGCUCUGCACGGCCAUCAUCAUCGCGGCGGGCAUCUGGUUCGCGUCGGCGCAGGCGGGGGAGUGCGCGCGGCUGGAGCGCUGGCGCGUGGUCAUCCUGGGCGUCGUGGCCCUCGUGGUGGCGCUGGCGGGGUUCGUCGGCGCCUACUGGAACAAGCGCUUCCUCCUCCGCUGCUACCUCCUCUUCAUGGCGGCGCUCAUCGCCGUCCUCAUCGCGCUUCUCGUCUUCGCCUCCGUCGUAACCCACGCCUCCGGGGAAUACAAGGUGCUCGGCCGCGGCUACCACGAGUACCGCCUCGACGGCUUCUCAACCUGGCUGCGCGGGUACGUCUCCGACGACCCCGCGCGCUGGGAGGGGAUCAUGUCCUGCCUCGCCGACUCCGACACCUGCAAGAAGCUCGCGCGCCAGGCCGGCUUCGUCACCGCCGACCAGUUUUACCAGUCCAGUCUCUCGCCGCUCCAGUCCGGUUGCUGUAAGCCGCCGCCGGAAUGCGGGUUCGGCUACGUGAGCCCGACGGUGUGGACGAACCCGACCAGCGCCCCCGUCCAGGACUGCGGGCUCUGGAGCAACGACCCGGCGCAGUUGUGCUACCAGUGCGACUCGUGCCGCGCGGGCCUCCUGGCGACGCUGCGUAGCCAGUGGCACAAGGUCUACGUCACCCUCAUCGUCGUCACGGCCGCGCUCUCCAUCCUCUACGUCGUCGCUUGGACCGCUUAUAGGAACGUUAGCGGCAAGCCCAUCUUCGGCCGCUACUACAAGUGGUGAUACAUUCUACCGUAUCGUACCGGUCACGAGAAAGUACAUACAUUGUUGCCGAUAUGCAGAUGUAAUAUGUUUGUCCUAUGAUUGUAGCGCGUGUCCAUUGGAUACUUUUCAAAAUGUUUUAGAAUUGUUAAAAAAAAUCCAAAUUCUAUGUUGAAACACAAAGUUCUGCGUAAAAAGGACAUUUUUAUGGCCUGUGUAAAACGGACAGUUUUCAGUGCUCUAAAA